AUGUCACGUGGUGACUCCGGGUAUAUGAGUUAUGAUUCCAUUUAUGGUCUUAAAUCAGAUGGAAGUAGUCGUGAUAAUUACGAAAAAUUUGAUGCUUAUAAUGAUUAUGUUGAAGAUGGUCAAAGCACGCAAAUUUCAGGACAUGAUAACAAUUAUAAUGAACGUGAUCUAAAUGAGCACGCAUAUUACAAUAAUUCCACAAACAAUGAUUAUAAAUCUAAUUAUAACCAACGCAUGUAUGCGCGUUCUCCUUCAUCCACACCAUCACCUUUAAAUCAUCCAUCGGAAUAUACAGAAAAUAAUGGCCUCAUUCUAGGUUCACAUCAAAGAAUUGUUCAUAGGCCAACAGUGUCAAAAAAUAGCAAUACUUUGGGUUCUCCAAUGUUUCCUCCUCCACUUCCACAAUAUUCUCCGAGAUUAUCACCAAUGCAACAUCCGAAUAAUAAUUCUCCCACAUUCAGACCGCCCCCAUCACCAACCCUUUUUCCAAGAGGUUCAUCACUGAAAGGAAAUGACAAUAAUGUAGUACCGAUUAACUCACGAGAUCGAUUUAAUAAUCAUACUUCAUUGCCUGCCACAACAAAUAGACAGCGUCCACAGCAUGUGAAUCAUCGCUCUAAUACGCAUGAUGGUCAGAUACAGCUUCCUCCUCUUCAAUUUAAUUCACAAAAACUUCCUAAAUCAGAUAAUUCACCAUCUUCGCCGUAUGAUUUUUUUGAUUUAAUUGAUGAAUAUUCGGAAAUUAACACAAAAAACCGAAAACGUGAUGCCGCUGUUACCGAAAUCCUUACUACUGAACGAACUUACGUUGAUGGUCUGAGAAAACUUGUGGAUUUUUUCUUAAUGCCUUUACGAGAAAACUAUAAAUAUGCUCAAAAAAGUAUCUUGUCUACCAAGCCUCUUGCUACAUCUGAGGAGAUUGCAUCUUUAUUUGGUAAUAUCGAACCAUUAUUGUCAUUUCACAAAGAAUUAUUAAAAUAUUUAGAAGCAAGAUAUAAGAAAUGGAGUCCAACAGAAAAAAUCAGUGAUAUAUUCUUAGAAAACGCACCUUAUUUAAAAAUGUAUAGUGCUUAUUUAAAAGGCUUUCCGCAAGCCAUAGCAACUAUGGAGCGUCUCAAUAAAGAGAGCAAAGAUUUUAAAAAAUUUAUUCAGAGUUGUCAAGGAAGACCAGAGCUAGGAAAUUUACCUUUCAAUUCUUUUUUAAGUUUGCCAAUUCAACGAAUACCUCGUUACAAGUUAUUGCUUGAGGCUUUGUUAAAACACACCGAGAAUACACAUCCUGACUAUAUAAAUCUUGAACAAUGUGUACGGCAAAUUAGUUUGAUUGCCGAUGAUGUUAAUGAAAAAAUACGAGAUGCUGAAAAUCAGCAAAAAGUAUUAGAAAUUCAAAACAAAGUCGAAAGACUGCCGAAUAAUAUAUUAGAUCCUGCUCGAAGAUUCAUAUACCAAGGAGAUCUAUAUAAAGUUACCCAGCGAUCUUCACCCAAGAGACCAUACUUCAUAGCAACAGAAGAUAGACGUGCCCAUUUUUUAUUUAACGAUCUACUUCUUCUUUGUAUAGAAUUCCAAGGGAAGCUAUUAUAUACUGGACAAAUUAAUUUGAAUAAAUCAUAUCUGAUUGAUAUUGAUGAUAAUGAUGCAGAUCAACCUUUCUGUUUUCAAAUAAUCACUACAACAACGGAGGGAAGGGAGGCAUGCCACACGGUUCGAGCUACUACAGCUGAGGAAAAAAGGGAGUGGAUUACAAGAAUUGAUAAUGCACUCAGAGCGCUGAAAAGGGGAAUAAGAAAUAAUCCUGGUAUAAAAUAA